AUGGCACCGGCAAACAAUGAUGGAGAGCGUCCGUCAGAUGGGCGGCCCCUCGCCACCUCUCACAGUCAUAAUCCCAACCCUGACCGGCCCGAAAACAACCCGUUCAUUGCAUUCCGCCGAUAUGCGGACGAGCAUAUAUCGUCCCUGUUCCAGUCAAUUACUGGCCUACCUUCUAUGGUUUUUCCUCCUUCGACAAAGAAUUGGCUCAUAUUUGACGAUGAAGAGCUGAACAAACUGUCGAGAAACUAUUCAUUGGAAGAGGACUUGAACAAGUCGAAGGAUUCCGAGAGACUACACGACUACCCUCUCGAGUCACAUUUUAUGAAUAGUGAUCGCUCGGACAACUCAGUAAACGAAAACCAUUCCAUGCAGCCAGGGUUUAGGGAUCACAGAUACUCUAGCCUUGCAUUCCCCUGCGGCGUUUUCGACGCCAUUCUUGACGACCAUCUGCCAUUCGGUCCAUCUCUAUUUUUUCACGAAUUUCCCUCUUUGCGUAACCCUUUCUUUCUUGAUUUAACAUCCCCUGCUUUUUCUACAGGCUGGCCUCUGUCCUAUGUUAUAUUCUCCCCAUACUCACCGUUACAUUUAGAGCGGCAGGAACAAGCAAGUUACCAUUUUAAAGAAUCCAGCAUGGUCCCUUGGGCUUCAUAUAUGUUUCGCCCCUGUGAAAAUGAGCGUAGGGAAGAGCCACGAUGGCGGGAUGCUUUUGAAGACCUACUACGCAUUGAAAAUGGGAAAGAACUAGCCGACAGAGAUGCCACGCACCGCAAGGACGAAUCGGGAAAAGAAUGGCUUGCGGGAAUGAUAGAACGAGGGAGCCUUGGUGCGAACUGGCAACACGUUCGUAACGAUGGGCGUCGAGGGGACUAUUUUAAGUAUAGUUAUAACAAUCGGUCCUCUCCAAAAAGUACCCCCGAAGCCGCUUCGCGACGACACAACGAUAACGAGGGUGACGAUCUCGCUCAACUAGGAUUAUGUGAUGCUUUUCUUUGUGAUAAUUAUGGUGAUGAUGGCCGGGUCUCAAGAAGUCCCCUUUUGUCCAUCAUCAUGGAAACCAGGGAGAGGCAGAGAAAAGAGCUGGAAGAUUUGCGACAAGAACGGGCAAAAUCUAAUCGUCAAUAUCAAAUGAACGACGAUUCUAUGGAAAAGUUUUCAGAUGCAGAAGCUGAGUUAGACCAUUAUGAACGUUAUUUCGAUGGCAUCUCUUCAAGUGGCGCGCCUGUUAGUGUGGCAACAGAAGCAUCGGUUCCAUCAGACACAGCAUCAGACCCUUCUACUCUUAUUUCAACAGUUACGACUACGGAACGUCGAACACUGGCAGACGGGACUGUUCGGAGCAAAAGAAUUGUUAACAAGCGAUAUGCCGAUGGCAGGGAGGAAAGUAUCGAAACUAACGAAGUUCUCAACAAGACCAAUUCGCACCAAAAAUCAAUAGGGGGAGAUAGUGGCAGUGAUGCGAAGGAUAUUUCAGAUGCAAACAACAACAAUAUUCCCGCGGAAAAAGACUCAACCAAACGCUCUAGCUGGUUUUGGAAAGGUUGA